GGCAUAAGAUUUUCAAGGUGAGCGAGGGAAUUUCAAUUGAAUAAGCAUUCAUUGAUAAAAUGAAUACUCAUAUGGAAAUUGGUGGUGAAGAGAGAGCUCCUCCGAAGAAAGGUUGGGCAAAGUUUCUGGGCUGGGUAGAAAACUGUUUGAAAGAUGAAGAUAAGUUGAAGUGGGUUGAAAACAUGAGAGGAAGUCUGAGUUUAAUGGCUUCUAUAAUCGCCACUAUGACCUUUCAACUCGCCACUAACCCUCCCGGCGGCGUCUUUCAGGCAAAUGGCGGCAAUUUAGUAGAUGAUAUUAUAAGUUGUCUAGACAAUGAUACCAUUCAAUGCCCUGGGGAAGCUAUAUUGGCUGUUGUAUACGAAUAUACUUAUACACAUUUCUUAAUUUCCAACACCAUCUCCUUCGUCGCGUCCCUCAGUCUUUGUCUCUUGCUCGUGAGUGGAAUCCCUCUCAAACAUCGAUUUGUGAUAUGGGGUUUGUCAAUCGGCAUGUGCAUCACCAUCACCAGCCUCGCUCUCACCUACAUGUUUGCGGCCUCCAUGGUCACCCCAAAUCCCGUUUGGGAGACAGCUGAUAGCAUGUUUGGACUAGUCCUCAAAAUUUGGAUUGUCUUGCUUGGAGUCGUCGGUGUUUUCCUCAUCAUACGAAUGCUUUACCGUGUGGCUAAAUGGAUCAAUAAAUGUUCUCGCCCGCCAGCAAAUACAAGUACAACAAGAAACGUACAUCCCAGCAGCUAACUAGCUUCCUUAUGGUUGGUUGCAGAUUACGAAUAAACGUUAUAUACGCACGGUUUCAUCUCAAACCAUGCAUGCAUGCUCAUGUGAGUAUGCAUGAUUUAGGAAAUUUGUUGUAUUUAAUUCAAGUUUUAAAAUAAGGGUACGUAGGUACUCUAGAUCUUGCUUUCAUCUGCGGAUGAGUUGUCAACCGGUCUAGCUAGGUUGAUGGUUUCGUCCAUUGUAUUUACUUGUUUGAAGAUGUGUGUUAAGUAGUUUUGAUUAAUUUCUUCGCAAUAUAGUUAUGUUGAAUUUGA